AUGCCGACCGACCGAGCUCCAGGACCAGAUGGUUUCUCUGGUAUCUUUAUCAAAAAAUGCUGGCAUAUUAUUAAGAACGACUUCUAUGAUCUAUGCAACCAGUUCUAUGAGGGGACCCUAAAUCUUGAAAGCAUCAAUGAGGGGUUUAUUACACUCAUUCCUAAGGUUCGCUCCCCAGAGAAUGUCUCUGAUUUUAGACCCAUCACUUUGUUGAAUUGUUGUCUUAAGAUUCUCACAAAACUUCUUGCCAACCGACUACAAAAGCUCAUUCUUAAAAUCGUUCAUCGAAACCAAUAUGGAUUCCUAAAAGGCCGAUCACUACAGGACUGUCUCGCCUGGGCGUUUGAAUAUAUCCAUCAGUGUCAAGCCUCCAAGGAAAAGAUCAUCCUCCUAAAACUGGAUUUCGCAAAGGCCUUUGAUACGAUCGAACAUGAUGCUAUGCUUAUGAUUAUGCAGCAUAUGGGAUUUGAUGACAGAUGGCUCAAUUGGGUAAAAUGCAUUUUCUCCUCUGGCAAGUCAGCGGUGCUUCUAAAUGGGGUCCCGGGUCGUCAAUUCAACUGUAAAUGUGGUGUUCGACAGGGUGACCCAUUCUCUCCAUUGAUUUUUGUAUUGGCGGCUGACCUCUUACAGGCCGCAAUCAAUGACGCUUUCAGACAUGGCCGAAUCCAGCUACCAUUCCCCAGAGAGAACCAACACGACUACCCUGUGAUACAAUACGCGGACGACACGCUCAUUCUUCUUCCUGCAUGCCCGGUCCAAGCCCUCACAAUCAAAAACAUUUUCACUGACUACGCUGACUCCACUGGGCUCAAGAUAAACUUCCACAAGUCCACACUGAUCCCAAUUAACUAUGAGGCUGCCUGCUACAAUGAGCUCUCCAAUAUCUUUGGAUUGCUGCUCGACCCGGACAGCGACUUCUCCUUCUCCGACCUCGACUUCCCCUCCCUCUCCGACGACUCCCCCGCCGUCUCCUCCGACCCCAACCCGCCUCCCCCGCCGCUGCCGCCGCAGCAGCAGGGGGCUGCCGCGUCCCCGUCGCCGGCGCCGCGGCCGCCCGGUGGCGGGGGCGCGCAUAUGAGGAGCCUCUCGCUCGACGCCGCCUUCUUCGACGGCCUCGCGCUGCAGGGAGGAGGCGGAGGCGGGGCGGGGCAUAAGAGGAGCGGCUCCAUGGAUGGAGCCAGCUCGCCGUCCGACGGCGAGUCUGCGCUGUCCGGUGGGCUGCCGGACUACGCCAAGAAGGCCAUUCCCGCCGAGAGGCUCGCUGAGCUCGCGCUCCUCGACCCCAAGCGCGCUAAGAGGAUUCUCGCGAACAGACAGUCGGCCGCGAGGUCCAAGGAGAGGAAGAUCAAAUACACAGGCGAGCUGGAGAGGAAGGUGCAGACGCUGCAGACAGAGGCGACCACGCUCUCGGCACAGCUCACGCUUCUUCAGAGGGAUACUUCUGGUUUAACUGUUGAGAACAGAGAGCUCAAACUCCGGUUGCAGUCCAUGGAAGAACAAGCCAAACUUCGAGAUGCUCUGAAUGAUGCCCUGAGAGAAGAAGUGCAGCGGCUUAAGAUAGCGGCAGGUCAAGUUCCAAACAUGAAUGGAAACCCCUUCGGCGGAGGGCUGCAUCAGCAUCAGCAACAGCAGCAGCAGAUUCCGAACUAUUUCUCGCAGCAGCAGAUGCACUACCAAGGUCAUCAGCAUCACCACCCCCAAAACCACUCCCAGAAUUCUUCAAAUGGAGGCCAGUCACUGAGUGGUCAGAGCGACUCCAUGGAUUUCAUGUGAGGAGUCUCUGGGCAACCUCGGGGCGCAUACCGACCAUAGUUCGGUAGCUGUAAAGAUAACUGAUGUAUACUGUAUGCACAUGAAUCAUUCGUAGGGUAGCUAGAUGUUCUUUGUACCAUUAAUCAAGAAAAUUCAUCCGUGUGUGUCGCAGUUGAUCAUCUCUCUUUCUUUUGGGGUUCAUGCAUGCCUUAGCCUGAAGUCUGAACGAACCAUGCUUGACAUGUUGCCUGUAGUUGUCACCCUGUAAAGGUGUUAUAGUGAAUGGAAUGGUUUCUGGUUGGAAGUCU